CUGUGUAUAUUACCGUGCCUUAUAAAUAGUAUGUGUAAGUGUAUGUUACCUUGCCUGAUCAACAGUAUGCGUAGGUGUAUGCUUCCUUGUCCAAUCAACAGUAUGGGUAGGUGUAGGUUACCUUGUCUAAUCAACAGUAUGGGUGGGUGUAUGUUAAUUUGUCUAAUCAACAGUAUGGGAAAGUGUAUGUUAUCUUGGCUAAUCAACAGUAUGCUUAAGUGUAUGCUACCUUGCCUAGUCAACAGUAACGGUAGGCCUAAGUGUAUGUUACCUUGCCUAGUCAACAGUAUGGGUGGGUGUAUGCUACCCUGCCUUAUCAACGGUAUGCGAAGGUGUAGGCUACCUUGCCUAAUCAACAGUAUGGGAAGAUGUAUAUUUCUUUACCUAAUCAACAGGAUGGAUGAAGAUUGA